CCCAGCUCGCGAGAACCCUUUUGCCUCUUUUCAUCUCUGCCGGCUUCUUCUCUUCCUUCCUUCUUCUUCUUCUUCUUCUUCUUCUUCUCGUUGCUCUCUCUUGUCUCUUCAGUCUCUCCCGUCUCCACGACUCACAGCUUCACACACAGCCGUCAUCAUGUCCUGGCAAGCUUUCGUCGAUACUAGCUUGGUCGCCACCGGCCACGUCGCCAAGGGCGCCAUCAUCAGCAUUGCUGGCGACAGCGCCUGGGCCACCUCUCCUUCUCUGACGAUCCAACCCGCCGAGAUGAAGGUCAUUGCCGACAUCGUCAGCGGCAACGAGGCCGCCUCCGACAAGGCGCGCGCCGAGGGCCUGUACAUUGCCGGACAGCGCUACGUCGUGACCCGAGUCGAUGAGGGAAACAUCUACGCCCGAGCUGGUCGGGAGGGUGUUGCCAUCACCGCCUCCAAGCAGGCCAUCGUUAUCGGCAUCCACAACGAGACCCAGCAGGCCGGAAACGCCACCUUGGUCGUCAGCGCUCUCGCCGACCACCUCAAGAACACCGGAUACUAAGAAGUAUAAUUACAUCGCUGGUGGAAUGGGGGGGGAAGCUGAAGACGGAGUGCAAAAUUCAAGGUGUCGAGCAGUUGUGCCGUGACAGCGUUGGAUGAUAUAAAGGGGAAGGACGUCAAGGAGGAGUUUGCGUGGGAAAUCUUUGCAACUUAACUGCCAUGUGUUGGGAGGACCAAAGUCAUCUUUUCUCGGCAGAUUCCAAGAAGAAGAAAAAAACGACAAAAAAAGCCAACAUUUUC